AUGUCGGGUAACUGUGAGAAAAUGGUAGUCAUCCCUCCAACGACCAACCAAUGGCCACAGGUGGAUGAUCAUAAGGUCUUCAACAAUAGUAAGGUAAUGGAAAAACCAGAUCAAGAGCUUGUGCAGCAGCAGCUGCAACAAGCCCUCAAGUGCCCUCGUUGUGACUCAUCUAACACGAAGUUCUGCUACUACAACAACUACAGUUUGUCUCAGCCACGACACUUCUGCAAAGCCUGCAAGCGCUAUUGGACAAGAGGUGGAACCCUCAGGAACGUUCCUGUUGGUGGAGGGUGCAGAAAAAACAAGCGUGUCAAGCGUCCAAUGACAAACACUUCUUCUGCUGCCAUUGACACUGCUUCUUCUUCUAAUUCUUCUUCUGCUCUCACUGCUGCUUCGCAACCCCAGAUCGAUACUGCUUCAACCUCGAAUCACAUCAACCCUUUGUUUUAUGGGUUGCCAAGUAGCUCCAGCGAUGUAAAUCUUCCACUGUUCCCUAGGUUUGGUUCUAGAAUCUCCAGUUCCGGGUUUGAUCUUCAGCUGAAUAAUGCCCUUGGAUUAGGUUUUUCAUCCGGGGUUGUGUCCAAUGAAGCUAGUGAGAAUAACGGUUUUAGAAACGGGUUUGGUUCAAAUAACGCGCUUCUUUCAAGUUAUAAUUCCAUUUUUGGUUCUUCUUCAAAUUCUACAUCCACUACUCCAGCUAUGUCUUCUCUGUUGAGCUCUACUUUGCUUCAACAGAAGUUCAUCGGUAGUGGAAUGAAAGAUGGUGUUGAUAGCAACACUUUCCAGCAUGGCUUAGGCUUAACCCCACUAGAGCACUUACAGAUGGCUAGUGAUAACAGCGAGGCAGGAACGGGGGCUUUAAAAGAUGUGAAAGUAGAAUUGGGACAAAACAACAAGUUGGAGUGGAAUGGUGCUUGUCAAAACCAGAUCCAGCAUGUGGGCUUGUACGACCCUUCGCUUUAUUGGAAUAAUUCCACAACAGCUUGGGGUGUUUGGAACGAUCAAGCUGCUAAUAUUGGUUCUUCAGUCACUUCUCUGAUCUAG